AUGAAUGAAGCGGCUAGAAUGGAAAUGAUCCAGGAUAUAAAGGAUUCACUACGGAGCUCAUCGAUCCAUUUAUCUCAAUGGAAGUUAUUAAAAUCUGCCAAAUGGUCGAUAGAGGCAUUACAAGGUAUGGAGGAUGUACCAUUGGAUAGUAGUGAUAUGAGUCAGGAUAAUAUGAUGGAUGCCAAUUCGUCUAAUAAUCAUGCCAAGACUAUCUUUAAUGAACGUAAAAAUGGACGGAUACCGAGAAUGAAUGAUGGCUUUACUGAAGAUGAAUUUGAUAAGUAUUUAUUAGCAUCCUCGUUAUUUGAUUGUAAAGAAUUUGAUAGAUGUGUUUAUUUUUUGGAAAAUGUCAGUGAGCCUAGAUUAAAAUUUUUAAAACUUUAUUGCAAAUAUUUGUCAUGGGAUAAGAAAACAGUAGAGAGUGUAGAGAAUGUUCUUGUUACUGGGAAAGCAAAGGACCCAAACCAAUGUAAUGAUAGUUCGGAUUUAGGAAGAGACAAUGAACAAAAUUCUGAUUCGAAUGGGUUUACCAGUUAUCUGAAAUCAAAGAAAGAUGGGAGUGUACAACAUAUGGAAGAUGGCCAUCAAUCUAGCGUGGCCCUUAUAUUGAAAGAAUUGAGAGACUAUUUAAACAAGAAUGAAUUGAAUCUUUUGCGUUCAAAAGAAGGUGAAUUAGGGGUGGCAUUGCUUUAUUAUUUGAAAGGUGUACUAUUACAUCAAAAUGGCAAUAAACCACAAGCACUUACAGCAUAUGUUAACUCAUUAAGUUUAUACUCAUUUAAUUGGACCUGUUGGGUUGAAUUACUCGAUUGCAUAUCCAGACCGGAUGAAUCAUUACUAAUUUUAAAACAUUUGAAUGAACAAUUCGAAUUGAGUGAACAAAAUCAUUAUGGAACCCAACGAAUAAAUACUGAGAAUAUCAUGCUCAAAUUCUUUAAAUUAUCUUUAUUCCAAGAGUUUAGUGGGAAUAUAGAUGAAUUUUUGGCGAACUUGGAACUACUCUUAUCAAUAGCUCCAAACUUUGCAUACUUAAAGGUACAGAAUGCCUUAGUGUACUACAACCACAUGGAUUACACGAAUUCUGAAAGCAUAUUCGAUCAAAUAAUAAAACUGGAUCCUUACCGAUUAGAAGACUUGGAUAUAUAUUCAAAUAUUCUAUAUGUCAUGCAGAAACAAUCAAAGCUGGCGUAUUUAGCACAAUUUGUUUCUCAGAUUGAUAGAUUUCGUCCCGAGACAUGUUGUAUUAUAGCUAAUUAUUACAGUGCUCGACAAGAACAUGAGAAAUCAAUAAUGUAUUUCCGAAGGGCAUUAAUACUAAACAAGAAAUCAACAAGUGCAUGGACUUUAAUGGGCCAUGAAUUUGUGGAAUUAAAAAAUUCUCAUGCUGCUGUAGAAUGUUACCGUCGUGCCGUAGAUAUUAACAAUAGAGAUUUUAGAGCUUGGUAUGGGCUAGGUCAAGCUUAUGAGGUACUCGACAUGCAUAUGUAUUCAUUGUACUAUUUUCAAAAAGCAUGUGCUUUGAAACCUCUGGAUCGUCGUAUGUGGCAAGCUACAGCUGACUGUUAUGCUAAAUUAAAAUAUUCUAGUGGUGCAAUUAAAUGUUACUUGAGAGCAUUACAAUUAUCAACAAAUCCAGAUCAGGAAGCACAACUAUUUUAUCGUUUGGCUGAACAAUAUGAAGAAACUUCUGAGUUAGAGAAAUGUAAAUCGUACAUGAUAAAAUGUAUGGAACUUGAGAGAUCUAAUGAGGGCCUUGUUACAGAUGAGGCGAUAAAGGCAAAACUCUGGUUGGCAAAAAAUGAAUUUCAAAAUAAAAAUUACGAAGAAGCUUAUAAUUACGCUAUUAGUAUCACAAAUGGAACGUCACAGGAAGUGGAAGAAGCACGUACAAUUGCUAGGAAUUGCAGAAUGCUUCUUAAAUAA